GACCAGGACUGAACCCACAGCCUAGGCUGUGCUUCUCACCGCCCUGCCCCCGCCCAGCUCGGCGCCUCCAUCCAUUCUGUGGCUAUGGACAGAAAAGUGGCAGUCCACGAGAACGGGCCUCCCGUGGUGUCCUGGGUUCCCGAGGAGGGAGAGAAGUUGGACCAGGAAGGCGAGGACCAGGUGAAGGAUCGGGGCCAAUGGACCAACAAGAUGGAGUUUGUGCUGUCAGUGGCCGGGGAGAUCAUUGGGCUGGGCAAUGUCUGGAGGUUCCCCUAUCUCUGCUACAAAAAUGGAGGUGGAGCAUUCUUCAUCCCCUACUUCAUCUUCUUCUUCACCUGCGGGAUCCCGGUGUUCUUCUUGGAGGUGGCAUUGGGCCAGUACACCAGCCAAGGGAGUGUCACGGCCUGGAAGAAGAUCUGCCCCCUCUUCCAGGGCAUUGGUUUGGCAUCUGUGGUCAUCGAGUCCUAUUUGAACGUCUACUACAUCAUCAUCCUCGCCUGGGCCCUCUUCUACCUGUUCAGCUCCUUUACCUCUGAGCUGCCCUGGACGACGUGUACCAAUACCUGGAACACAGAGCAUUGCAUGGACUUUCUGAACCACUCGGGAGCCAGCACAGUGACACUCUCUGAGAACUUCACCUCACCUGUCAUGGAAUUCUGGGAGAGACGCGUUCUGGGCAUCACCACAGGCAUCCAUGACCUGGGAGCCCUGCGCUGGGAGCUGGCCCUGUGCCUCCUGCUUGCCUGGGUCAUCUGCUACUUCUGUAUCUGGAAGGGGGUCAAGACCACAGGCAAGGUGGUUUAUUUCACAGCCACGUUUCCCUACCUGAUGCUGAUCAUCCUAUUGAUUCGAGGCAUCACGCUUCCCGGGGCAUACGAGGGCAUCAUCUAUUACCUGAAGCCAGAUUUGUCUCGCCUGAAGGACCCCCAGGUGUGGAUGGACGCGGGCACCCAGAUCUUCUUCUCCUUCGCUAUCUGUCAGGGCUGCCUGACAGCCCUGGGCAGCUACAACAAGUUCCACAACAACUGCUACAGGGAUUGCAUUGCCCUCUGCUUCCUGAACAGUGCCACCAGCUUUGUGGCUGGGUUUGUGGUCUUCUCCAUCCUGGGCUUCAUGUCCCAAGAGCAAGCAGUGCCCAUCUCUGAAGUGGCUGAGUCAGGUCCCGGGCUGGCCUUCAUCGCCUUCCCCAAGGCUGUGACUAUGAUGCCCUUAUCCCAGCUGUGGUCCUGCCUCUUCUUCAUCAUGCUCAUCUUCCUAGGGCUGGACAGCCAGUUUGUCUGUGUGGAGUGCCUGGUGACAGCCUCCAUGGACAUGUUCCCCAGGCAGCUACGGAGGAGCGGGCGACGAGAGCUCCUCAUCCUGGCCAUUGCGGUCCUGUGCUACCUGGUAGGGCUCCUCCUGGUCACUGAGGGUGGGAUGUAUCUCUUCCAGCUGUUUGAUUAUUACGCUUCCAGUGGCAUCUGCCUGCUCCUCCUUGCGAUGUCUGAAGUAAUCUGCAUCAGCUGGGUGUACGGGGCAGACCGUUUCUAUGACAACAUUGAGGACAUGAUUGGCUAUCGGCCAUGGCCCCUGGUAAAGAUCUCCUGGCUCUUCCUGACCCCUGGACUUUGCCUGGCCACUUUCUUCUUCUCCUUGAGCAAGUACACACCUCUGAAAUACAACAACAUCUACGUGUACCCUCCCUGGGGAUACUCCAUUGGCUGGUUCCUGGCUCUCUCCUCCAUUUCGUGCAUCCCACUCUUCAUCAUCGUCUCCCUCCUGAAGACCCAGGGCUCCUUCAGAGAGCGCCUGCGGCAGCUCAUCACCCCUGACCCCAGCCUGCCACAGCCCAAGCAACACCUACAUCUGGAUGGUGGCUCCAGCCAGGACAGCAGCCCCUCCCCAGUGAAGGAGGGACUGACAUCUGGGGAGAAAGAGACCCACUUGUAGGAUGUGGCUGAAAGCCAGGUGGCUACUGAGCCAGGAACCUGGGUCAGGGCCACCCUCUCCCCCAGUGGACAGCCUUUGCCUCUGUCCCCACCACAGCCCUGCUGAGAACACCUGUGCUGCCUGUGGGCAGCCCCAGCUGAGGCAAGACUCCCUCCUCUCCUCUCCUCUACUGGAGCAGCUUUUCUUGGUGGGCUGAAGAUGGUCCUGCUGGAACACACCAUGCUGUGAAGCGGCUCCCUGUUGGAACACACUGUCUUAUUUAUGAAGGAAGGUGGUCUUUCUGGAGUUCACCAUCUGAUUAUAACACACUGCAUUGUGAGGGAUCUCACAGGGGUGUUUCCUGUUAGAGUUUACCAUGUUGUGCCUUGGGAAGAUAGUGCCAACUGGAAUCCCUAUCAUGAUCUGAUUCAAAGAGCGUGAUGGAACACAGGUGUUGGAAGUGGCAACUGAACACGCCACAUUGGGUUCUGACAUUCCGUGAGAGGGUGUCCUUCACUGGGGUUAGCCUCCUGGAGUCUAGGGGCAGGAGACAGAGGACCAGCCAGGAGGCAAACGUUCGCGUGCCGUUGUCGUGUGGUUUUCCCGGAGGCAGUUUCUCUGGGUACUCCUGGCUCUGAGCUAGUCCUGCACUCUUCCCGGAGUGUUAUUACCACCUUAUGCAGAGUUGGAAUGGAAGGGACUAACAGGUGAUCCCUGGACUUUGGGAAUAUGUGGUGUGUAUGUCCUGUGCCCAAGAUGGACAUUGCUAAUUGAUCAUCAAUUCUUCCUCACCUCAUAAUCCUUCAAAUACAGUGCUCCAGG